CUCCCUCCUCAGGGGUUUCGCUGCCUUCUUUGCCUCGCAGCACUCGCACAGCUACGCUGAGCGCGAACUCUUGGUCAAGACGUGAACGUACCGCGGCUUAAAGACCUGACAUUCCGCUGCGCACACACCUGUAUAUGAUCUAGUGCGAUGGACUCGCAACCAUUACAUCUGUCAUCCAACUUUCCGACCCUCCGAGCAUGCGCAUUGACACAGCGGGCAUGGGUAUCAAGGACGCGGCGAUACCUAUUCAAAGCGAGCAUUACAAACAUCAUCCAUUCAUCCUCAUCGACUGGCACUGGAGUAGCGCAGUGCGUCCGCGAUGAUCCCGAGGCGUCCGACAUACCACUCCUGGAAAAACCGCCUCAAUCACUGUUCACCUUACUGCGGUUGCAGACGCUACACGUUAUGUCAACCACAUUGGAUUCGGCGUCUGACAUCUUGCUCCUUCUCAUCGCUUUUCCGCAAGUGUCAUGUCUGCAUCUGCGGGAAUUGCGUCCUCCUCUACAGAGCCUACUACUCCAUGGGCCCGCGCGAUUACCGGCAAGCAGAAAUGCCACCUCGGACUCUAAGAUCUGUAUCCGGGAGAUGUCGAUCGCCUCGUCGACGCACCCAGUGCCUUUGUGGGUGCUAAGUGUGCUCAGGCAACCGCCUUUCAAAUGCGCCUUCCAGAAAUUUGUGUGGGGCUGGUCAAGUGACCGGGCAGAGGAGACGUCGUUCCUAGGAAUGGUGGACGAAGCGAAGGACACCUUGGAGGAACUCACAGUGCACUGUGCAGCGAAUUCGGGCCUGCUCGAGACAAUGGAUCUAUCUCAGCACUCGCUCCUCAAGUUCUUGGGUGUCGUUCUAAUUCGCUCUCAAACCGUCGACUUGCCUACCUACAAGUUUCCACCGACGUUUCUGGUAUUUCUCUCUCGCACUCCCAACAGUCUGCGGGCUCUCCACGUGCCUAUCAUUCAGACACUGCUUUCAAAUGGCGCCCCUCAGUGGUCAUUCAUGGAUUGGCCGAGAUUUGAUGAGACUCUCGCGCUCCUGCACAAGCGAAACCCCCACUUGGUCGUCUCCAUAGUCCUGACUCUCGGUCUGGAGCGGGGGAAUAAACACUGGGCUCCACGGGUGGUCAAGUCGUUGGUGGUGCGGCCACUGUUGUCACGGCUGCAUUGCUCUCUACUUGCAGGGCUGCAUGUCCGUCUGGUGUUUGGUUUUGUGGCAUUGGUACCGAAAGAGCGACCUGGCUUUUCGGUAUUGGUCCCCAAAAAACCACCGAAGGUAUGUUACCUCUGGAAAUUGGAGGAGUUUGUAAGUACGAGCGUUUAUAUGGAUGCCAUGCGUACGAUCAAUGUUGGCCCACUAGAAGUCGAAUCCGCAAAAUGCAUGCGCCCCGCCUCUGUCAUGGAUAGUUGAGCAUGUAGAUAGAGAGGCUCUUUGGGAAACCACUGAAUUACGGACUUGUCAUCACAGAGAGCCUCGACGCUGCACAACUUGAACUUGCAAUUGUUACUAUGAUUCCUGACCAGUCUCGUUUCAUCGUGUCUGCACGUACGGAGCCCCUACUUUCAAUUCCCAUCC